AUGACUACUGCUUCCCAGAGCCAGAUCUCGCAAUGGCAGGCGGCGGCGGCGCAGAAGCGAAAAGCAGUAAAUGACCUGAUCCCUUCAGAAUGGAUUCUACCCCGCACUUUGCCAUCGGCGCAAGAACAGCAAGAUGUUACGGGCGACUACAUUCGACAGUUCCUGACGGAGUCCGAAAUCCAAUACACCGAAGCCGAGGCGUCCACCAUACUUCAAUCUAUUCAUGCCGGUAGAUGGAAGGCCUAUGAGGUGCUCAGGGCCUUUUGUCACCGGGCAGCUCUAGCACAUCAAAUGACCAAUUGUCUACAUGAGAUCUUCUUCGAAGCUGCGUUGGCCGAAGCAAAGAGACUUGAUGGCAUCUUCGCAGAGACCGGGAAGCCGGUAGGCCCAUUGCACGGGCUUCCAAUUAGUCUCAAGGACCAGUUCCACGUGAAGGGAGUCGAGACUACCAUGGGCUACGUCGGUUGGAUCGGGACCUUUCAAGGUCAGAAAGGCACAGGUAAGGAGAAGGUCUUCGAGAGCGAGCUCGUGCGUGAGUUGAGAGAACUUGGUGCGCUGCUCUACUGCAAGACAAGUGUCCCCCACACGCUGAUGGCGGGCGAGACUAUCAACAACAUCAUUGGCUACACUCCCAAUCCGAAGAACAGGCAUUUAGCCGUGGGAGGCAGCUCCGGUGGAGAAGGCGCCCUCCUCGCCCUCCGCGGGAGUCCCUUGGGGGUGGGGACGGACAUCGGCGGUAGCAUCAGAAUACCCGCGGCGUUCAACGGGCUGUUUGGACUGAGGCCUUCAAGCGGACGGGUUCCGUAUGAAGGGAUGGCAAACAGCAUGGACGGGCAGAGCUCCCUCUUGAGUGUUGCUGGCCCUUUAGCGCCGUCGGCCGGCUCACUCAAGAUUUUCAUGGAAGCAGUCCUAGAGACCAAACCCUGGCUGCACGAUCCACUGGUAGUGGAGCUGCCGUGGAGGGAUUCAGCCUUCCAACAAGCUUUGCACAGCAGUAAGCCAAUGGCUUUUGGCGUCAUGUAUUGCGAUGGCCAAGUGUCACCUCAUCCACCAGUCACUCGGGCGCUCAAAAUACUUGUCGAAACCCUCGAGAGACUGGGGCACAAGGUGAUUGAAUGGAACCCUCCUUCUCAUAAACGAAUAGUGGAUAUAGUGUACGACAUUUGGACAUACGACGGAGGUCAGGACGUACACAAAGCCUUCUCGCUUUCCGGAGAGCCUGUCUGUGAGCAGAUUGCACAGGUUUAUGGGCAUGAACCGAGUGCUGAGAAGACUGCAUCUCAAAUUGCGGCGAUCAAUGUUGCGAAGCGUGCGUAUCAGAAAGAGUACAUGGACUACUGGAAUUCUACAGCCAAGCUUACCGGGUCCGGGGAACCUGUCGUUGCAUUCAUCGCUCCGGCAGCCCCAUUUGCUGCGGCACGCCCGGGGAAAUACGACUACACUGGCUAUUCGAUGUUCUCCAAUGGGCUAGACUACUCUUCUGUGGUGCUUCCGGUUACACACUGUGACCUGAACGUGGAUCUAUUCGAUCCAGAUUAUGUCCCACUCAACUCUCUUGAUGAGCGUGUGUGGAAGUCCUAUGAUGCCGAACUCUAUGACGGUCAUCCGGUCGGUCUGCAGAUUAUUGGAGAUAUGACCAAGGACUCCAUGGCCCGUUUCGAUACGCCGGAUGAAGUGACCGUCUUCCUCACCACCUUCGUCAACCGCGGGUACAACCAAGUCGAUACUUCGCGCAUGUACUCACCUCAAGCACCAAGGUCUUCUGAGCCAAGGGUCGGAGCUACGUCCAUCAAAGACAAGCUGGUCAUCGAUACCAAGGUCACCUCGAACAUCCCCAGCGCCCACACCACGGCCAAUGUCCUCGCCGAGAUCGACGCUUCUCUUGAAGCGCUCAAGAUCAAGCAGAUUAACAUCGAGUACCUUCAUGUCCCUGACCGUGGCACACCUUUCGAGGAAGCCUGUGUAGCCAUGGAUAGGGCGUAUAGGGAGGGGAAAAUUGAGCACUGGGGCCUCUGCAGCUACAGCGCCGAGGAAGUGCAGAGCAUUAUUGACAUCUGCGAGAAGCAUGGGUACGUCAAGCCAAGCGUCUACCAAGGCCAGUACAACGCCAUCGUGCGAGGUGGAGAGAAAGAGCUGUUCCCCGUGCUGCGCAAGAACGGCAUGGCCUUCUACGCCUUCAGUCCCGCUGGAGGUGGCUUUUUCGCCGGUAACCACAAGAAGGCCAGCAAAGGAGGAAGAUACGACAAAACGGCAAGUCCUGUCGCUCAGCGCCCUGAGCCACUGCUUAUCACCCUCGCUAAUCAAUCCUCCGUUUAG